AUGUUCCAGCUCUCUGUCAUCAAAGAUACGAUACCAAUACACCCCGUCAAGUUCGGUCUACCUCCAGAACAAGCUCUGAUCGACGAACUCAACAAAAAGUAUGCGAACCGCGUGCUGCAUGAUAUUGGCCUCUGCGUAUGCGUAUUCGACCUCGCAGAAGUGAGCGAAGGGAAAGUCAGAUAUGGUGAUGGAUUCUUGUGGUAUACUGUGACUUUCCGGCUCACGGUUUUCCGACCUUUCCCUUCGGAGCUCUUGCUCGCAAAAGUGAAGAGCUCGGAUGAGGAUGGGAUCCAUUUGUCCGUUGGCUUCUUCGACGACAUGUACAUCCCGGCACGAUACCUGCCGCAACCGUCUGCAUUCGAUCCCAAUGAACGCGCACAUUUCUGGUUGAUGGGUGCAGAACCCGGCGCAUCGACGCACGAGCUCCUCGAUUCACCAACCGAAGAGCGCAUGUACAUUGACUCUGGAGAAGUUGUGCGCGUGCGCGUGGAGAUCGACGAGUUUUAUGACGACGAACCUGGACCACCCAAAGCGUCCGAGGGUGUUCGUGUUGUAGUUGAGAGGCGACGACCGCCGUACAAGAUCACAUGCAGUAUACAAGAACAAGGUCUUGGGCCUGUAGCAUGGUGGCAAGAAGCGCAGAUUGCCAUGGAAGAAGGAUGA